AAGUUCUGCUUCUUAAGAAGGGAAAAUCCAGCUCACUUCACCCUGAGAGAGUCUAAGUGAGAGCAGCUCUUCUUCCUUCUCCUUCUCCAUCUCCAUCUCCAUCUCCAUCAUCCUCCUCCUCCAAUGGCGACCGCCUCCAAGUCCUCGCAGACGGCCAAGAACGUGGUCCUCGCCCUGCUGGCUCUCUGGUCCGUGGUGUCGCUGAUCAUCAUAGUGGUGUGGGCGACGUCUCCGGACCUGAAGAGCUCGGCUCGGUGUCGGGCAGAGCUGCAGGACGUGACGGAGAAGCUGGAGGGAGCCAAGGUUGUUUUCGGCAAGAACAUGGUGGCUGUGGAGCAGCUGCUGGAGGAUGCCAGAAAUGCGGAGGAAAAGCUGAAAGCCGACUUCCUGGUCCUGGUGGGACGCCUCAACGAGACCAACGCCACGCUGGAGGAGUGCCGGCAGGAAAACGUGGUCCUGAACUGGAACAUCAGCGCACUGCAGGAGAAGGUGGAGCUGCUGCGUCAGACGGAGGCCAACCUCACGACUCAGAUCGGCCUGCAGCAAGAUCACAUCGAGGCGCUGCAGCAGAACAUGACGGAGGCCGGUCAUCAGACGGAGACGUGCGUCAGCCUGCGGACGGCAGCUGAGAGUCAGAUGAUGGCGGCUCAGAGUCAGACCCGGGCCUGUGAGUCCAGGCUGCAGUACCAGCAGAAACAGCUUCAAAAGUGUAAAGAGGUGGAGUCUGAAGCUCCUAAGGAUGCGACGCAACAGCAGGCGGACGGGGGUUCAUCCUCAGCACCCGCCCUCUCUGGGAUUCCUGCGCUGAUGCUGCUGGUCUGCAGCGCUCUGCAUCUGAUAACCUGAGCUCAUCGCGGCAGCGUCCUGUCGAUUGACGGCGAGCACUGAGGUCCAGGAGGGGGCGGAGCCUGGACAGACCGAAACGACUGCUGUACACACACCACACACUUCCUGUCUGCGUGACACAACAGACACAUCGUCAUGGAGACGUUGACGUGACAAACGAUUGGACAGAAAACUUUGCUUUGACUUGAACUGAUGAGACGUUCACUGACGCCGCCGCUUCACCACUGUCUGUUUUUAGAGUUUAUUUUUCUUCAUGAAGCUUAAUCGCUGCUUUUUAACUUCCUGCUGAUGCUUCGUCACACCUUAGCCUGUUUUUAAUAUUAAUGAUUGAAGUUUAAUCCUCCGUCUCCUUUACUUUCUUGUUACUUUUCUACUUGCUGAGAAUAGAGAUUUCUGCAGAGUAAAUGUCCUGAAAACGCCAGAGGUGGAAGAAGUAAUUUCCUUAGGUAAAGAAUUUAAAUACAAGUUAAAGACCUGCAUUUAAAAUGGAACUUUUUGGUUUAGAACAAAGUAUUUUUGCAUCAAAAUAAAACUACCAAAAAGACUUAACUUAAAAUAAAGACAUACUUGAGUCCUAUGUCUGAUAAAUAAGCUUAUUUGUUAGGUGAAGUGUUAAGGUUACGUGCUGCAUUCAAGUACUUUAUAUAUUUUACAAUUAAGCAUUAUUAAUUUGCUGCAAUUCUCUGGAGGUCAACUUCUUAAAUAGAGGAAGUGUACCUUUCAAAAUAAGAGCUGGCAUGAUGAUUCUGCUCUCUGCUGGUUUAUUUAAAACAAAUCAAAUCUUCUAAAAAAAACCCAAAGCUUAUCCCAGUUCGGAGUUCCUGUUCUAUACCUGAAAUGGGAUGAAGUAAGAACCAUAUACUGUAUAUAAGAAGUAUGAUUUUAUCUUUAUAUUUUGUCUCAGAGGCAGAAAUGUUUGUUUGUGUUUUUCUGUUUGUUUCUUUCUGAACGCAGCUUGAAGCUCGACGAAGCAACGACUUGACUGUUAGAAGCUUUUAUCUAAUUUGGGGAUGGGGGGGAGGGGGGUUGAGGACG